AUGAAGAAUGCGGAUGAUGAAGAGGGAGCUCAAAACACAGGCACCAACCUGUUUGUAACUGGGAUCCAUCCCCGUCUGAGUGAAGCAGACGUGACUCGUCUCUUUGAGAAAUAUGGUGAGGUGGAAAACUGCUCUAUCAUGCUUGAUCCUCACACCAAGGAGUCGCGUGGAUUCGGGUUUGUGAACAUGGCUACUCCUGACCAGGCAGAAGCGGCCAGAGAGGGUCUACAGGGCGAGGUAAUCGACGGACGUACCUUGAGCAUCGAAAAGGCUCGCCGUAGCCGCCCUAGAACCCCUACGCCCGGAAAGUACUUUGGGCCUCCCAAGCGCGGUAUAGUCUCACCCUAA